AACACCUGGCAACACACAGUACUGCUGUCUCGGUAGAUCAGACAGACGUCAUACAUUUUUAUUAUCUCUUUAUCCAAUUUAUCUAAACAAAAGGAUUUCCAGAUGGUAUUAAAAAAUUGGUGUAUUAGUGUACACAAAUAAGUUUUGUGCAGUGCUCUUUAUUGUUUUGAGGGAAUCUCAUUAUGUGAACACUUUCUCUUUGCUGCCCGACUGACCGUGAGUUGCGACAUCGAAAAUGAGUAUAGCGAGAGAAAUAUUGUUCUCUGUCGUGCCCGCGGCCCCCGCAAACAGCUCUAAUGGCACGGACGACGAGGGCUGCAUGCUGGUGAACCCCUCACAGAACGUUAUCAUCACCGGAGCGUAUAAUGGAAUACCGCAAACAUUGAUUCUCAACUUGAUAGCAUGGUCGAGUUUGAUCAUACUAUUCACCGUACUGAGGCGGACUGCGUGGAAUUAUGGGCGUAUGGCGCUCGUGCAGCGCACUAAGAGCCGCUGGACGAACUUGUUUUACCGCGGUGGAGACAACGACGCGCUGGUAGAGCGGCGGCGUAGCCAUGACGAGUCGUCCAACAUCGAUGAGGGCUUCUUCACGUGGCUGCCGGCCGUGUUCCGGCUCACCCGUGAGCAGGUGCUGGCCAAGUGUGGCCCAGAUGCUGUUCACUACCUCUCCUUCCAAAGACACGCAAUAACCCUCAUGUUUAUUGUCACGCUAGUCUCCAUUGGCAUCAUCUUGCCCGUCAACUUCCAAGGAAACAAUCUUGAUGUCGAUGUGAGCACAUUCAGUAAAACAACACUGAGUAACCUGAACGGGAGAUCUUAUUGGCUAUGGGUGCAUACUCUGAUAAGCAUCUCAUUUCUACCAAUAUCUGUGCUCAUCAUGAGGAGAUGUACUGGCCGUAAGCCAGUGCCCACAUCACUCACGGGCACCAUAAUGAUCACAAACAUAUCAAAAGCAGACAGGAAUGAGUCUACAAUAAGAGCUUACUUUGCUCACAAUUUCCCGCAUAUACAAAUUAUAGAUCUCCGUCUUGCUUACAAUAUCAACAAAUUGAAUGAAGUGCAAGAGCAGAAGGACAUGGUCAAUGAAGCAUUAUUCUACAGCGAUACAUACUUCAAGAAGACUGGGAAACGUAUCACAGUAAAGCCAAAAUGGUGUGGCCCUGAACUGGAUGCCCUGGAGUAUUACAUUAAUGAAGAGAAGAGACUCAAGGAUGAAGCUAAGAGGUGUCGUGCGAUGGUGCUCAAUGACCCCCUGGGUAUUGCAUUCCUAACAUUACCAUCUUAUCAACUUGCUGAGCAUGUGAUCAGCCACUUCAGCCUACACCGUGACUGGGUGUUGUCUCACGCAACCAACCCUGCUGACAUUAUUUGGGAGAAUCUGAGUGUGCAACCAGGUGUGUGGUAUGUAAAAGCCAUUGUUGUCAAUUUCUUCCUGUUCAUUGUGUUGUUCUUUUUAACUACCCCUGCGAUUGUUGUUAACUUAUUUAACACAAUGGUGGAGAAGCCUGAAUCCCUGAGCAGGAUUAGCAGCAUCAUAUUCGAGUUCCUCCCCACCUUGCUGCUGUGGACCAUGGCUGCUGUGAUGCCUGCCAUUGUUGCAUUCUCUGAUAAAUUUCUCUCACAUUGGACCAAGUCCCAACAAAACUAUUCUAUUAUGACCAAGACUGUCUCUUUCCUCCUGCUCAUGACCUUGAUCCUGCCCUCCCUAGGGCUAGCCAGUGCUGAGACCUUCGUCAUGUGGACCCUGCACCACCAGAACGACACAAUGCGGUGGGACUGCGUAUUCUUACCAGACAAAGGCGCCUUCUUUGUCAACUACGUAAUAACCUCUGGCUUCAUCGGUACAGCCCUCGAGCUGAUCCGUUUCCCCGAGCUAUUUCUGUACGUAUGGUACCUACUCCAGUCAAAAUCUAAAGCCGAGAAGAGUUACGUGAAAAAGGCCAUAUUGUACGAAUUCCCAUUCGGAGUUCACUACGCAUGGAGCAUAGCGAUAUUCUCCAUCACAAUGGUGUACAGUCUCGCGUGUCCGCUGAUCGCUCCGUUCGGCCUUCUCUACUUAAUGUUCAAGCACGUCGGGGAUAAGCAUAACUUGUACUUUGCGUACGGCCCGUGUGACAUGAGCGGCGUGGGCGGCGGUCGCAUCCACUCCACGGCCGUGCGGCUCAUCCGCAUCUCGGUGCUGUUGCUGCUGAUUAACAUGGCCGCGUGGGCAGGUCUCAGGGCCGGUUUCGAAGCGCGGACCAUCAUCCUUAUUAUGGCGUCUAUUGUUGCGUUCGGGACUUUCUUGCUGCUAAGUCCGUUCCCCAGCUGCACGCCGCCCGCCCCCCUGCAGGCGGAGUCGAGCGUGAGUUUUCCCGAGUACGUGGCGCCGGCGCUGACGAGGCCGCUGGAGUCGCCGCCCAGCUCUACACCUACCACACCGGACUACGGCGCCUCCUCGCCUGUCACCCAGCAUACCUACAGUCCAGAGCCGAUAAAUAUAUAAAUAGCGAAAUACCAUUAUCAAGUUUAAUUACGAAUUCGCGUUAUGAUGUUAUCGCACGAUAAUAAAUGUGACGGAUAAUGUUUGAUAUAACGAUUAGGAGUUUUAAAUGUAAAUAACUAAAUGCAAUAUUUUUAUAUUAUUAUUGAUCAAGUUGCUGUCUGAGAUCUUAUGUUGUUUAGUUUGAACACUUAAAAGUAAACUACCGCAUUCAACUAUUUUAUGGGAAUAAGUACUAAUAACCUAUCAUAACAAUAGCGGUCCCGAAGGGCCUAACUAAUGAAUAUUUUUGUAGUAUGUUUUGGCAUAAUACUAGUAACUAUGUUGCACACUGGGUGAUUGUGUGAUUAGAAAGUAGUUACUUACAACACUAAUUAGUUUCA